GCCCUCGUGCAUCCCCAUCUCCUUCCCGCUGACGUGGCAGAGCCCGUGCAUGGGAGCAUCCCCGCUCCGGCGCCGCGGGGCAGAGCCUGCCGCGAUGGGAUACGGCAGCAGCGCAGCCUUGCCUUUAGGGGUAGGAGGUGAAGAGCGGGGGCAGCAGGAGCUCACGCUGCAGUGGUGGGUGCAGUGCGAGGACCCGCAGACGAGGAUACCUGCUUCGGGAUAUAAAAACACCGGGAAAAAUCUCAGCUUUUUUUGAACAUGGAGGGUUACGUGAUGCAUCCGUCCAGUGAGAAGAGAAAGUCGAAAAAGCAGGAGCUGUUUGAGCUUAUUCUCAGCGAAAGACGUCUUUGCCCCGGGAGUCUGUCUCGCUCUUUCCCCCGAGGCUUCGCACCCCGCUCGUCCCCGACCGCCGGCAGCCCCGCGGCGCCCGGCCCCGGCGGCGGAGCCAGCCGCCCUUUGCCCCGCGCCGCCAGCGCGGCUCGGCGUGCCGCGGCCCCCGUGGCGGGCGGACUUUGGCCGCGGGAGCGGCGGGCGGGCGGCCGGCGGGGGCCUCUCCCGAGCAGGGCGUCAGCGCCGUUUGGGAGCUGCACAACCCGCCGCCCCCAGCCCGCGAUGGACCCCCGGGUGCCGCCGUGGCCCCCUCGGCCGUGGGAGAGGCACGGCGCCCGGGCGGGGGGCCGGAGCCCGCAGCGAGACCUCCACCACGCGCCGCCCCCCCAGCCCCGGCGGCGGGUGCCGCGAGCGGAGCCGGACGCCUGGGAGCAGUGCCACCGCCCGCGGCGGGACGGGGACAGGCGCAGACCCGCGUCCAGGGCCGAGGGCCGUGAAAGCGCCUACCCUCCCCGGCCGUACUCGAGGCAAGGACGUGAAGACCCCCCCUGGAACUAUGCAGCCCCCAGCUAUGGAGACGACUACGCUUAUUGGAGCUACCAGGGGCAGCCCGCAGCCUGGCAGGGUGACAGAGAUUUGAGACAGGCAGAGCCUUAUGGUACCAGCUACCGGGACCAGCACUACUACCGGGGUUACCAUCCUAACCUGGCAACUCCGUCCCCAGGGCAGGACAGGUUGGAGCCUGGCGACUCGAAUGAGGAGAGCUGCCGCGCGGGUUCCUGGCGGGAGCGGGCAGGCGAAGACCCCUUUGGCGGCUCCUUCGGGGAGGGCAGCGGCCAGACCCACGAGCCUCCUGCCUCCGGCCAGCCCAGCCUGCUCCUGCAGUACCGCGAGUCAGGGCUCAGCUCCAGCAGCUACGAGCUCAGCCAGUACAUCCACGAUGGUGCUGACCACUACAGCCUGGUGCCGGCAGAGACUUGGAGCCCAGUGCAAGCAGGGAGGGCUUCAGCAUCCACCCCAGCCCCGGUGGCACCCCAGAAGUUCCCGUUGCCGCACGUGCCGGUGUGCUUUGGAGCCGGAGGGCAGCUGGUGCUGGUGUGCCCCCACUUCCCUGCGGAGGGGGAGCCAGCCCAUGUGGAGCUGCACAGCUUGGAGGUGCUCCUUCGUGGCACGAAAGAGCAGGAGGAGCUGCAAGCCUUCCCAGGGCCCCUGGCCAGGGAAGAUCUGCACAAGGUGGAUGUGAUGACGUUUUGCCAGCACAAGAUAGCCACAAGCUGUGAUCUCUCAACACAGAGAGGCAGAGAUUCAGCUCUUCUCUGGAAGCUCCUGGUCCUCCUCUGCCGGCAGAAUGGGUCCAUGGUGGGCUCGGACACAGCUGAGCUUUUGAUGCAAGACUGCAAGCGCCUGGAGAAGUACAAGAGGCAAAACCCUGUGGCUAAUUUGAUCAACCUGUCGGACGAUGAGUGGCGGGCGCAUGGGCCGGGGACAGUGGACCUCCUUACAGGGGAGGUCCCUCCCAUUGUGGAGACACUGGCACAGACAGUGGAGAAGUUCACCAAACUCCUCUACUAUGGCAGAAAGAAAGAAGCGCUGGACUGGGCCAUGAGAAACCAGCUGUGGGGCCAUGCCCUCUUCCUCUCCAGCAAGAUGGACCCUCGGACCUACAGCUGGGUGCUCACCGGGUUCACCAACACGCUGGCUGCCAAUGACCCGCUGCAGACCCUCUUCCAGCUCAUGUCGGGAAGGGUUCCCCAAGCAGCGCAGUGCUGUGGGGAUGCCAAGUGGGGAGACUGGCGGCCCCACCUGGCUGUGAUGCUGUCCAACAAGGUUGGAGACACGGAGCUGAACCACCGCGCCACUGUCACCAUGGGAGACACUCUGGCUGGCAGGGGAUUAACAGAAGCAGCUCAUUUCUGCUACCUGAUGGCAGAUAUUCCUUUCGGUUACUUUGGAGAGAAAACGGACCGCAUGGCUUUGCUGGGCAGCAGUCACCGUCAGGUGUUUGCCCAGUUUGCCAGGACGGAAAUUAUCCAGCGCAUGGAAAUCUUUGAGUACUGCCAGCAGCUACGACAGCCCAAAGCCUGCCUUCUCUCCUUCCAGGUGUACAAGCUCAUCUAUGCCUCUCGCCUGGCGGACUACGGGCUGCCAGCCCAGGCCUUGCAUUACUGCGAGAAGAUCGCCACUGUGCUCCUGGGCCAGGGACCGGCCAGUCACCCCAUGCUGGCCAGACAAGUGGUGGAGCUAGCCGAGCGGCUGAAGCUCUCUGACCCGCUGCUGCUGGAGAUGCCGGAUCAGGACCAGACCCUGGAGCCUGACUGGCUUGUACAGCUCCGAACCCAGUGCCGGGAAUGGGAGAUGGAAGAAGACCUCCCUCCUGAGCUGGCAUCAGGUGAGCCAGAGCUUUCCAGGGCCAGCGGAUCAGCCACAGAUGGAGAAUUUGGCCAUGAGUUUGCCCUGAGCAAGGGCUACCAGUAUGACCAGUGGCACCAGCAGAGCACACCCCUGCUGCUGCAGGGAACAAGCUCCCAGGAAGACUCGUUUCUCCGGCCCUUGGCACCUCCUCCGGCAGCAGCAUCUGACCAGGUCGUAACAUCGCUGCCACCCAGUAUCAGGCCAGAGCACCAGACAGCAGUGCUCAGCCUAGGAACAACUGUCUUUCCAGGAGGAGCUUGCUAUAACCAUUCUCUGCAGGUCCAGGCACCAGGAGAUGCCAGGGAGCCUCAAGGCCCCCCACUGCCCCAUGGGGUACAGCAGACUACUGCAGGAGUGCAGCAUGAGUUAAAUACAAGGGCCCGAACAGUCUCAGAGAGCUCUACCAUCUCCCUGGAAGAAGACAUUCAGCCGUGCUUGGAAAGCGUGGCUGAGGAUGUCACCGAAGAGCAGUCAUCGACGGAGGAGGAGAAGCCAGAUGAAGUUGAGAGCUCGGGAUUCAGAUGGUUCGGCUGGUUUCGGUCGAAGCCCCCCAAGAAAGCCUCUCCCAAAGCCACAUCCGACACGCUGGGAUCUCAGGAACGGCCUUCGCCAUCCCCCCCUGCUUCUCCUCUUCCGACGGCGGGGACAAGCCCUUCAGCUCAGCCUCCUGGGGGCCCGUCUCCCGCCGCGCCCAGCCCUUCCUCCAGAAACCCAGUGUCCGUUGAAACGAAAGGCUCGUGGGGCAUGGACGGCGGGGAGCUGGCAGCCUUUCCCGAGGCCGGAGAGCAGGAGGGCUCCCACGAACCCCCGUGGGGCCCCGGCAGCCGCCUGCCUCCCCCGCCGGCGGGGGCCGUCCCCCUCUUCAACCCCGUCCAGGUCCCUCAGCUCGCUGCUGCCAGGCCCAGCCAGCCCCGGCUGCUGUCCCAGCGGCGGUACCCCAACCCGCUGUGAGGGGGGAGAGGGGCUGCAGGCUCCCCGGGCCGGGCUUCACUGGACCAGUGCCUCCACCAUCGCUGUCGGGAGGACCUCGCCAUGCUGAAGACACGCUCGGGUGGAGCCCGGCCUGCCUGCCGCCUCGGGGCGUGCGUUUCCCCUCCCCGUGCCGUGGGAAGAUUAUUUCCCUUUUGGUGGAAAAAUACAAGAAAGCACUG